GAGGGAGAGAGAUAGAGAGAGAGAGAGCCAGAUCAACACCUGUCCGCCCAGGCAGGCGCAGUGCUCUCGCUUUCUUCUGGAAAAGGACAGAAAUCCAGCGCCGCCUUCGACGCCAAAAGCCCCCCGAGCUCAACCGCAAAGGACGAGGACUUACAGAACAAAGUCGGACCUGCUUUUUUUCUGCGGGGGAAACGUCGCCGCAAUAAAAGACUCUGGACGCGCACUCCGCGCUCCGGAAUCCGCCAGCGAGGCAGAGCGGCACCGCGAUGUGGACUGACGCUCCUUCCUCCGCUACUUUCUCCCUCUUCUCACACGCGACCUCUGUGGAUUGAUUGAUUCUUUCUCGAUCUUUUCCCCCCCUUUUCUCUCCCACCCCCCACCCCUCGUCCAACUCGAUGGAUUUUUGCCACCGCAGCUCAGCAGAGGGUGUCAGAUCCACCAGCGAGCACCGAGCCGGAUCUCUCUCUCUAAUGCCCAAAAAGAAGCCGGAACAUAGCUGAGACCGCGGGGCUGUGGAUUUCAGCACCACGGAAGGAACGGACAGCGCCCGCCGCGCUUCAGCACCGCGGACAGCGACCCGACUGAAAACAAAGCGAAACAAACCAAACAAAGAACAACAAAAGAACUGCGGAUUUGUGUCGAGGCACAAGGUCAGUGAGCGAUUUGAUGAGCUUAAAAUAGACAGCAACAAAAGAAAGAGGCGAAUGAUGAUGUGGAGACGCUGCCUUUUGUCGUGUGCGGAGAGCAAAACAGAGCCUGGCGAUGGCGAGAUGAUCAAACAGAUUGCGUGAGGCAAGUCCGGAACGGACAUCGCCGAGUCAGGCUGGCAUGGAUGUGACCACCACGAACUGCCGUCUCCUUUCUUUCGCCUGGUGAUGCGUGCCUGUGCGAGAGUGCGCGUGUGCGUGCGUAUGUGUGCGAGCGAGUGCUGUUCUUAUUUCGCUCCGGAGAAGCGAAACGCAUCCCGCUGAUUCGCGUUCACGGCUUUGGAUCCGGGGAUGAUUUGCUGGUGUUGACAAAAAUGCUGCUUUGGAUCGUCUUGCUGAAGGCGGCUCUUUGCGUGGCUACUAGGAACGUUACGAGGGACGUGUGCAAGGAGCAGAUCUGCUCCUGCAACGCUGUAGAGGGCGACCUGCACAUUGACUGCGAGAAACGGGGCUUCACCAACCUGCAGCAUUUGACUGGCCCAAGCUCGCAGUUUUAUCACCUCCUGCUGCAUGGGAACUCCUUGUCCAGACUCUUCCCAAAUGAGUUCGCCAACUUCUACAAUGCCGUCAGCCUGCACCUGGAGAACAACGGCUUGCACGACAUUGUGCCCGGCGCCUUCCUCGGGCUGCAGCUCGUCAAGCGGCUGCACAUCAACAACAACAAGAUACGCUCUUUCAGAAAGAGCACGUUCCUUGGCCUGGACGAUCUGGAGUACCUCCAGGCUGACUUUAACCUGCUUAGAGACAUUGACCCUUCUGUGUUCAGGGACCUGAGCAAGCUCGAGGUUUUGAUCCUGAAUGAUAACCUCAUCAGUGCGCUCCCAAUCAACGUGUUUCAACACGUACCCAUCACCCACCUCGACCUACGGGGUAACCGGAUAAAAACAUUGCCUUACGAAGGGGUGCUAGAACAGAUACCGGGAAUAGUCGAGGUUUUAUUGGAGGACAAUCCAUGGGACUGCAACUGUGACCUGGUUUCUUUGAAGGAGUGGCUUGAAAACAUCCCACAGCGGGCCCUCAUUGGCCGGGUGGUUUGUGAGGCUCCUGCAAGGCUCCAGGGCAGUGACUUAAAUGAAACAGCGCAAUCUGAGCUGUGCCCGUCAAAGGAUGGCGCCGAUUCGAGCUUGGCUGCUCCACCCACGCAACGUGAAGCCUCAGAUUUGGGACCUCCACCCACCAUAUUGGUUACUGAGGUGCGCCCAGGCCGUGAACGACCCAAAGCACGAGAGAACUGGCAGCUGAAAGCGCCUACAAGCACUACUGGAGAGCGGGACAUUGUUCUGCCUUCCAACAACAAUGUCACUGGCACGUGCCCACAGCCAUGUGUCUGCAAGCUGAUUGGCACAAGGCAGGGACUUGGUGUUAACUGUGAAGGUAAAAAGAUAGAAAGUGUUUCCAGCCUAAAGCCCAAACCCAUUGGCGCGCAUGAGCUCAACCUGCGUGACAACAACAUCCACACAGUCAGAAGGUUGCAGUUCAGGGGCUUCGCAAGCCUGAAUUUGCUCGACCUGGGGGGCAACAACAUCAAAGUGAUUGAGAACGGCACGUUUCAGUACCUAAGUGAGUUGCGGUGGCUCUACAUGGACAAGAACUACUUGGAUACCCUCAUGGCGGAUAUGUUUGUGGGCCUUCAGAACUUGGAAUAUCUCAGUUUGGAGUACAAUGACAUCCAGCUGAUAGUGGCGGGUGCUUUCAGCCCCAUGCCCAACUUGCGUGUGCUGUUCCUCAACAACAACUUGCUGAAGUCGCUGCCCGUGGACACCUUUCUGGGAGUUUCCCUGUCCAAGAUCAGCCUGCAUAACAACUACUUCACCUACCUUCCUGUGGUGGGUGUUCUGGACCAGCUGGCCUCCGUCAUCCAGAUCGAUUUGCACGGGAACCCUUGGGAUUGCUCGUGCAACAUUGUGCCGUUCAAACGUUGGGCCGACCGGCUGGCCUCAGACGUCAUCGUCAGCGAUCUCAAGUGCGAGUCUCCGGAAGAGUUCUGGAAGAGGGAUUUCCGGAGGAUCAGGGAUGACCUCAUGUGCCCGCAACUUUUUGAUCAGGCCCCAGCCGGCACCACACCGUCAAGGAAUGGCUCUUUGGCAUCCGGGGAUGGGGGAACCCGCUCUGGAUCCUACCUGGAACCCAGCCGAGUAUCCAUCUCUGUUCUGGUGCCGGGCCUUUUGUUGGUCUUCGUCACAUCCGCCUUCACUGUGGUGGGAAUGCUGGUGUUUGUCUUGCGCAACCGCCGCAGGUCUAAACGCCGGGAAGGCAACUCUUCCGCCUCCGAAAUCAACUCUCUGCAGACUGUGUGCGAUUCGUCUUACUGGCAUGGCGGGGCUUACCAUGCGGACGGACCCCACCGGCCUUACGACUGCGGUGCCCACUCGCUUUCUGACAAGUGAAGCCUUUGGGGGGGGAAAUGCGCAGGGAUAAAAAUGCGCAAAAUAAAAACCCGUUGCAAAAAAGCAACGUGCACUGCUGCUGUGUGUGAAGGGGGAAAAGGGACGAGCUCACUUUCUCACUUGCCUCUGUUGGGAAAUAGCCUAUUUUUUAUUCACUUCACUUGACUAUGGUGUUCAUGAGCCAGUGCUAUGGAACCAAUAUUGUAAAAUAGGCAGUGUGCACUGCUGCUGCGUGACGAUGGGAGAAGAGGGACGAGAAAAAGGGGCGUCCUUUCGCCGCUCGCCCCUCUGUUUGGGAAAUAUGGCCUAUUUUUAUUCACUUCAGUUGACUACAGUGUUUAUGAGCCACUGCUAUGGAACCAAUAUUGUAAAAUAUGUACAGGGCACCCUCCUCCUCCCCUCCCUCCUUGCCUCCUUCCUUUCUUCCCUCCCUCCAUCCUUUCCUCUCUCUCUCUCUCUCUCUCUCUCUCUCUGCCGCAUUCAGACUGAAAACUGAAGUACCAGGGGACCUGGAAAAAUGGUGCACGAGUGCAAUGUGCAUGAAUGUAAUGUACAUAAGGAACUGUAACAUAUCUGCAUGAUUCGCAUGGUUUCAACUCACACUGGGAACCAUACCAUAGUUACAAAGAUGCCAACUCGACCCUUCUUUCAUGAUAUCAGUAUAAAUAUAUAUAUAUAAAUAUAUAAAUAUAAAAAAAAUAUAAACUCUAUAUGAAUAUAUUAAAAGUGCCAUUUCUCUAUUUUUUGUGGAAAACGCGAUUAGGAUUUGUAUUUGUCGUUUCAUUUCUGUUUGGAAAAAAAAAAGAAAAAAAAAAAGCAGGGGAAAGAGACGGAAUGCAUGUAGGCUUCUUUCUGUUCUAUCAUUCAACUGUUGAUAUCGGAAUUAUUUAUAUGAUUUAGUGCGGAUCCUCCGGAGAAUCCUGCACAGUCAUCUCCUUUAUGAAUGUAUUAUUGUGUUACAAUGCAGUGUGCCAAUUGCUGACGUUCAGACCUUCGGGGACGCAGAUAUAAGCGUGACCAGUUAACGUCAUGUCGGUGCUUAUACUGCAAAAUGUACAAUGUAGCUGAAACGGUUGGUGAUCUUGUACGUGUUGAUAGACAAACUCUGCAUGAACAACAAUGCAAAGAGGGUCUCGGAAGGUUUCUGAUGGCAUAUUUUUUCAAAUUGAUUUUCUAUUUUGUUAUUUCAUUUUCAAAUGCAAAAUGUUGGGAUGUCGAUGUUUCGGUUGGUGAAAAAUAUCUUUUUUUUUUAAGGGAAACUCCUUCACGAAAAGCCUAUUAUUAUGAUUAAUAUUAUAUUGUUAUUAUUAUUCACUUUUAAUUAUCGUGAGCUUUCGUAAAGCCAUUUAUUUCAUCCAAAUAGGAGAAAGGGAAAUGGCAUUUUUUCUUCUUUUUUUUGUACCUGACAUGUCCUCUACUGUGAAGCAAGCAGUGUAAAUAUAUCCACUACUCGGACGGCUCGGUGGCCACUGUACAGGCAUAGGUUUACUUUUCUCGAGGCAGAGGCUGCCUCUAGAUGUCGCUGUUGCAUCUCAACCCAAUAAAGCCGAGAGUUCAAGCUCCUUGGUGCAUUUGAGCAGCUUCGGGUAGAAGUCGUCCUUCGAUCUGAUCUGGGGUUCAGGUUCUUUUGACCCUAGUUGUUAUGAAAGAAUGACAAAACUGAAACCCAAAUAGGGCAACUGCUAUGAAACCCACCAAACAGCACUCACAAGGUCCAAACUUGCAGGCCUGUGCGUUGCUACGUUGGGCUAAGGCGAGAAUCUCAUCUCAGACAGUACCAAGAACUUUAGUUGCAAAAUAUCAUUUCACACUAAUAGAUGCUUCGACGAGCCACCGCUAAGGUUUCUUUAUACGUUGUUUUCUUGUUUUAUAAACAAAAAACAGGCCAAGAACAUGAACUGACCCAUGUAGGGGGUCACGCCUGUAAAAACGUCAGCAAGGCUUCAAUGGUUCCACACCAGUAGACGUAAACAAAGCUGCCUUGUAAGUCAUGUUUUCGUUAUCGUGAUCCGUUUCUAAGACGAACGACCUUUUGAUCACAGUGAUGCGUAACCGGUGUGUAUUGGUACCGGUAGCAUAGUGGUUCGUUACCAGCGAACAAACACGUGUGGGGUGAGACGGGGCCUCUAUCUCAGUACUGUGAAGUGGGUGAGGGUGGUCAAACAGCCAUCUAGCAGAACUCAUUCUCUUCCCCCUACAGCCGCACUUCUGGACCUGGUACAGUUUCAGCACAGUUGUAGCUGUUCAUCAUUCCAGGGCAUCUGUUCAUCUCUCUCUCUCUCUCUUUCUAUCUCUCUCUUCACACGUGGAAGGAUAAUUACCUUCCCUCCACUCUGGAGUACAGCAAGACAUUCUGGCUCAUCUAUUAUUUGUUGCAUUUUAUUUCCUCCCAAGAAACUGUCUACCAAACGAGUUGGAUUUCUUUGCUUUUUUUUUUUUUUGCUACGUUCCACCUGCUUACUGUUUGGUUAAAUAAAGUGUGGUUGAGGUUGAGUGA